AUGGGCCUCCUCAAACCCGCAACUGGUGCCACUGGGGCUUCUGACCCAAUUCUUACCACCAUCGUCCAAGAAGAUAAAGUCCCAUGGUAUAGAAAGCGAAACUUGAGAUAUCUUUAUUUUAUGCUCUUCCCAACUUGUAUGGGAAUCGAAUUGACUUCUGGCUUUGAUUCUCAAAUGAUCAAUGCGCUACAGAUUGUACCAUUUUGGAUCAAAUACUUCAAUAAUCCUCAAGGUUCUCUCAAAGGCAUUAUCGCAGCUGCUUACUCGCUGGGAGCAAUUCUUUCCUUGCCUUUUAUUCCGAUCGUCAAUGACAAGUUUGGUCGACGAUGGUCCAUCUUUGGAGGAUCUCUAAUUAUGUGCUUUGGCGCAAUUCUCCAAGGUUUCGCACAGAAUGUUGGCAUGUACAUUGUCGCAAGAGGUAUUCUUGGUUUCGGCAUACCAACUUGCAUUGUAUCUGGGUCAUCACUUAUUGGUGAAUUGGGCUAUCCCAAAGAGCGGCCGAUUCUUACCUCCUUAUUCAAUGUUGCCUAUUUCGUCGGCUCAAUCACUGCAGCUGGAAUCACCUUUGGCACCAAUAAUAUUGCGAGCAACUGGGCAUGGCGCAUUCCAUCUCUACUACAAAUCGCACCUUCAAUUCUACAAAUCGUAUUUGUCUUCUUCCUCCCUGAGAGUCCUCGAUGGCUAGUCACCAAGGAUCGAGCAGAAGAAGCCUACGAAAUCCUAGUCACCUACCAUGCUGAAGGAGAUCAUGAGUCCGAGUUCGUCCGCGCUGAGAUGGCCCAAAUUCGGACUACGAUAUCCCUUGAGCUUGAGUCAUCAAAACAAUCGUGGUUUUCGUUCCUUAAAAGUCAAGGAAUGCGACGAAGGGCAUUCAUCUCCGCAUUCUUGGGCUUGUUCACUCAGUGGUCUGGCAACACUUUAAUCUCAUACUAUUUGGGUGAUCUUUUGCAGAUGAUUGGACGCACAGAAUCGAUCUUCAAGCAAAAGCUAAAUGUCGGAUUGAGCUGUUGGGGUCUUGUCUGCGCAUUCACGGCAGCCAUGCUUGUCACCCGCUUCAAACGCCGAACCAUGUACCUUGCGUGUACAAUCAGUUUACUCGUGGUAUAUAUCGCCUGGACGAUAUCGAUGCAGCAGAGUAUGGACGCCAAGGCUGCUGGUAGAUCCAAUGGAUCGGCCGGCAUAGCCACCAUCUUCUUCAUCUUUGCCUAUUCACCAUGCUACAACCUUGGUUAUAACGCGCUCACUUAUACAUACCUUGUGGAGUUGUGGCCAUAUGCGGAAAGGUCCCGGGGUAUCGCACUCUUCCAGCUCUUCGGUCGCAUGGCUGCGUUCUUUACAACCUUCGUCAAUCCGAUUGGGUUGAAGAAUAUUCAGUGGAAGUGGUUGAUCACCUACUGCUGUUGGCUAGCUUUUGAAGUAUGCUUUGUUUGGUUCUUCUUCCCAGAGACGGCAAACAGGACCUUGGAAGAGUUGGCUUUCUUGUUCGAAGACAAGGCUUUGGCCGAUCAGGCGGUCGUUGCAGUAGAGAAAGCUGUGCAUCACGAAGAUAUGAAUCCAGCCUCAGUUCCAUCCAAGCGUACCGAAAACGUGGAUAUGGUGGAGACUGUUUCAAGAGAUGGCAAUCCUCCACCAAGCAAAGUCUAG